AUGGUGUUUGCUGCAAUAGUGCAGGAUGACCAACUGCGGGGGCUGCAGUCCUGCAAUUACAGCGCAAUGGCAGCACUUGCAUUCACGGUCUGGGACAUAGUCGUGUCCUUCGAGGACGAGGUGGAACAAAUCUGGCUGAGCGCAUGGACGAGGUUAAAGUUCUUGUACAUCUUCCUCAGAUACUUUUCUCUCAUAGCCCAAGUGAUUGCCACGAUCCUCACAUUAGGAUUAGCUGCGCCACUGUAUCCAGGUCGUUCUGUUUGCCUACUCUUGCUAUCUUUCCAAGCCAUCUCCAGUCAAGCCUUGAUGAUGGGUGUACAGGUCUUACUUGUUCUGAGAGUCAUCGCCCUAUACAAUCGUGUUCGUUGGCUUCGCACCUUUCUCAGCGUACUCUUCCUCGCCGAAGUCGUUUUGAUGACCGUUUUCUUCGGUAUCUCGUUGAGCAGCAUGGAUUACGGAGUACAUUGCGUGAUCACUGGGUUUCCGAUCACGGCCACCGGGUUUCUAAUCCCCCCUAUUUUGUAUGAAAGCCUUCUGUUUGUCCUUACAAUGGUCAAGUUCUAUCAAGCCCUCCGUGAUGGAUGGGGCAGGCAGCCUGUAAUCUCCCGGUUCAUGAGUCACGGCAUAUGGGCGUUUGGUGCCCCCUUUGUCAUCUUGACCGUCAACACGCUUUGCAUGGCCCUACUCAAAGGAGCUAUUGCAAGCGUUGCAUACUCAUGGAUCAUCGCUAUUCCUCCAUUCGCUGGUGCUCGUCUCAUUUUAAGCAUGAGCCAUCUCUUCAGCCGCCAGCCUUCGAUGCGGCGGACGACAUCGCAUGAUCAGGUUCUAUUGGAUACAACCAUUAUGCAGAUGACAUACCCAUCUCAUACUGCAACCGAUGCCGGUUACGGCUCAUCCUCAUUUUCCUGGCAGCAUGGCCAAGACCCGAAUGCUAUCUUGGUUGUGGACCGUUGA